UUCAGAAAAGAAAAAAAAUUCAUUAUAAUAAAAGUAUGAAUGAUAUGAUGCAGAAGUAGCUGCUAUUUUUUUUCUCUCUCUCUCUCUCUUUCUCUUUCUCUUUCUCGGCGCCUUCUCUGCAAUCAUCUAGGGAGUCGCGAAUGUCGACGACACCCCAACAAGGAGCUAGUGGUCCUCCACCGAAACCUUGGGAAAGAUCUGGAUCUUCAUCUGGUCCAGCACCAUUUAGACCCCCUUCAUCUGGUGCCACAAGUGAUGUUGUGGAAGCUUCUGGGACCGCGAAACCUGGAGAGAUUGUGUCCACUUCCAAUCGAAAUACUGCUGUUAACGUAAAUGCUGCUGGCAGACCUCUCCCGACAAGACCUUGGGAGAACAAUUACGGAACCAGUACUUAUGGAGGAGUGAAUUCUGGCUUGGGAUAUAACUCUGGAUAUGGAUCAGGGAUGUAUAAUUCAUUUGGUGGUGGCUACGGUGGGAUGAGCGGGGGUACGUAUGGUAGUAGCAUGUACAGAGGGGGAUUAGGAGGGGGAUUGGGAGGGGGAUAUGGCGGUGGAAUGUAUGGAGGUGGAAUGUAUGGAGGGGGAAUGUAUGGAGGGGGAAUGGGAGGAACCAUGGGUGGCUAUGGAAUGGGCAUGGGUGGUCCUCUUGGACCUCAGGAUCCCAAUAAUCCUCCGCCAUCUCCGCCUGGAUUUUGGAUCUCUUUUCUUCGUGUGAUGGAAGGAGUGGUAAAUUUUUUCGGGCGGAUAUCACUUCUUGUGGAUCAGAACACACAGGCUGUUCAUUUUUUCAUGUCUGCAUUGUUACAGCUCUUUGAUCGAGGAGGUAUGUUAUAUGGUGAAUUGGCUAGAUUUGUCUUUAGAAUAUUGGGGUUAGGAAGAAAGUCCAAGAAGAUUGCCCCUACAGGCCCAAAUGGCCUUCCAUUGCCGCAGAACGACCAAAAGUUUUUAGAGGGACCGAAAGCUGCGCCUGCUGGUGCUUGGGAUAAUGUAUGGGGAAAUGAUGCAAGCAGAUAAUUCAACUAUUUUUGUGCACUGUGAUCGCAAGCUGAACUCUGCAGGACGCUAGGGGGUAAAAAGAACCCCUCUCCUAUGGUUAGUGAAGGGAAUUUGAGUCAAGUUUCGGAGCCGUUCUUUCUGCAAAUCUGUACGUUAUGUAUCAUAGUUUGUAUUUUUAAAAAUAUAAUUUCUAUGUGAUAUGAUGUAUUGCUGAUUGCACAGAACCAAAUGUUCUGGAACUGCUAUAUGUUACAAAUUGGAUCGCACUGUUAUACCAUGGUGCUCAUUAUCAAGCGUGGUUUGAUGUAUAAAGUUGUGUUCUUGGUAUAAAAUAAAAUAAUGUUCCUGAAUAA